AUGUCUGGUGAAUUAACAAAUAAUGACUUUCGUAUUGUUUUUGAUAAUUAUGAAAGAGAAAAAAAAGAAAAAGAAAAUAAUGCGUUACUAAAGGAGGAAAAAAAAUUGAAGAGAAAACAAAAAUAUUUAAUAAAAAAAAAAAAGAAUGAAGAAAAACAGGAGCAAAAGUACAGAGAUAGAGCAGCAGAAAGAAGAAAGGGCAUAAUAAAAGAUGUAAAAGACGCAAGUGUAUUAUAUAACAAUGUAAAUAAUACGAUUGAUGAAUCCAAAUUUAUGGGAGGUGAUGUUGAACAUACACAUUUGGUAAAGGGUCUUGAUUUCUUAUUAUUAAAUAAAGUAAGAAAUAAAUUGAUUGAUAAAAUUAGUUCAGAAAGGGAAAAAUUGAAAGGAAAUAGAACUACUGGCAUCGGUAGUAGUGGUGGUCUUUUUUCUAAUAAAAUACCUUCCUUUUCGAAUGAUGAAUCAAAAAAUAUUUUUAAAUAUUUUUUUUUGUAUGAACAUCCACACCACAUACAUUUUAAGAAAAAAAUUGAAAAUAUUUACGAUAAUAUUAUGAAUAAUAUGAAAUUUAAAAAUUAUAAUAAGAAUAUUCACGCAAUUAAUUAUAAAUAUAACAUAGGCAUGGAUGUGGACAAAAAUGAUGUACCCAUUAAAUAUAUAUAUAAUGUAGAUGAUAUAAAAACGAAAUAUACAUAUUACUUAAAAAACUCUUUUAUUGAAGAAAUUGAUACUUGUUUUAAAUGGCAUAUGGAAAAUAGGAAAAAAAAAAAAAGUGAAAGGUUAUCAAAAAGGCCCCUAACAACGAACCUUUUAAAAAAGGAGGAACACAUUUACGAUGAUGACGAUAUUGACAUUUUUAAAAAGUGUGAUGAUACGGCUAGUAAUAGUAAUAAUAAUUUAGAAGAAAAUAGUACCAACUUGUUAAGUAAUGUUUACAAUUUCACUAAUAGUAAUGUAAAUAACAGUAAAGGUAUAGAUACCAAAACGAGUCAAAAUAAUUAUGAUAUUAUAACGCAAAAAGGAGUCAGGGAAGAACUCGACAAAGAAAAAAACGAAGAAUAUAAAAUGUAUGAUAUGAACAAUAACUUAAAUUUAUUUAAGCCUGAAAGUAUUCUUAGAAGAGCAACUAGCAAAGUUUCAAAUGAAAAUAAGAAUAGUUUAACUCAAAACAUUUUUGCAGAUACUUAUGAAGAAUGUUACCCAGGAUAUGGUAACAAUUAA